GUAAGACUGACAUGAAACAGUUGAUAGCAAAAAAGAUUCAGUUGACCGCAGAAGCGGAGGAGCUGAAGCCUUUUUUCAUGAAGGAGGUCGGCAGCCACUUUGACGAUUUUGUGAACAAUUUCAUCGAGAAGUCCACGACACUGGAUAAUGGGGGCUGCCCCCUCACCUCCUUCUCGGCCUUUCAAAGGGAGAACCACCGAGCCCAAGAUUUUCGAGCACCUCCAGAACAAGGCAAAAUUUUUGUCUUAAGGAAAUCUCUCUUAGACGAGCUGCUAGAGGUGGACCACAUUCGCACCAUCUACCACAUGUUUAUUGCGCUGCUCAUCCUCUUCAUUCUCAGCACGCUUGCUGUGGAUUACAUUGAUCAAGGAAGGCUGGUGCUCGAGUUCAGCGUGAUGACCUAUGCCUUCACCAAAUUCUCCGUUGCCUUGUGGACGUGGUGCGCUAUGUUCCUGAGCACCUUGGUGAUCCCCUUUUUCCUCCUCCAUCAUUGGGCCAAAGGCUACCGGACAAGUUCGCACCCCACACUCCGAUCUCUUGUCUACGGGCUGCUCCUCUUGGCUUUCCAGAUCGGGAUCAUGGGCUGUGGCGUAGUCUUCAUUGUCUUACAGUACACAGCCACACCGGGCACCCGCGGGUUCAUCAUUUUGGAGCAGAUCCGUCUUGUGAUGAAGGCCCAUUCACUCGUCAGAGAGACAGUACCACGUGUGAUAAACGCAGCUAAAAUGAAGUCAGACACCACCCCGAUGCCCACGCUUGGCCAGUACUUAUACUUCCUGUUUGCACCUACCCUCAUCUACCGUGACAGCUACCCCAGGACCCCCUCCAUCCGUUGGGGCUACGUUGCCACGCAGUUUGCACAGGUCUUUGGGUGCUUCUUCUACAUAUACUACAUCUUUGAGCGGCUCUGCACACCCUUGUUCCAGAACAUACAACAGGAGCCAUUCAGUGCCCGUGUCCUGGUGCUGUGUAUUUUCAACUCCAUCUUGCCAGGCGUGCUGAUUCUCUUCCUCACCUUCUUUGCUGUGCUGCACUGCUGGUUUAAUGCCUUUGCUGAAAUGUUGCGCUUCGGGGACCGGAUGUUCUACAGAGACUGGUGGAACUCAACAUCAUAUGCCAACUACUACCGGACGUGGAACGUGGUGGUACAUGAUUGGCUGUAUUACUACGCUUACAAGGACUUCCUCUGGUUUUUUUCGAAGAGAUUCAAGUCGGCUGCCAUGCUGUCUGUCUUCGCCGUCUCGGCUGUGGUGCAUGAAUAUGCCAUUGCUCUGGCCUUGAACUUUUUCUACCCUGUCCUCUUCGUGCUCUUCAUGUUUUUCGGAAUGGCCUUCAACUUCAUCGUCAAUGACAGUCGGAAGCGGCCCAUCUGGAACAUCAUGGUGUGGACCUCGCUCUUUGCUGGCCAUGGCAUCCUUCUGUGUCUGUAUUCCCAGGAGUGGCAUGCGCGGCAGCACUGUCCGUUGAAAAAUCCCACCUUUCUGGAUUACAUCCAGCCACGCUCCUGGACGUGUCGUUUUGUGUUCUAGAAGUUGCCAUGGUGCCUUCCUUCCCAGACACUGAAGUAUGACUGUCUCUUUGCCUGGGGAGCUUUACACCUGUCCCAGCCAUGCCUCACACUGGUUCUUGAUGUUUCUGAGACCCAUGAGGGCCUCUGUGGAGGAAUCUGCUUGCACACUUUGCCUACACAGCGCUCUGGGGUGGAGGAAUCCAAAAGGCUGAAUGACAAACCUUUGCUGGAUCACAGCGUUGGAAGCCA